UUUAAAGUUGAAGCUCUUCCGAAAAAAGUUGAAACUUUGAAAUGACAUCAGCAAGUAAACUUCUGUUUUUCGUAAAUGGGAAAGAGGUUGAAGAGAGUGAACCAGACCCAGAAACCACACUUCUCCAGUAUUUGAGGCUGAAAUUAAAAUUGACAGGAACUAAAUUAGGCUGUGGAGAAGGAGGAUGUGGUGCCUGUACUGUUAUGAUCUCAAAAUACGACCCUGUCAGUAAAAGUGUUAGACAUUUCUCAGCCAAUGCCUGCCUUGCCCCUCUGUGUGCCAUGCAUGGAUUGGCUGUUACUACAGUAGAGGGCAUUGGUAGUGUCAAAAAUGGACUACAUCCUGUUCAGGAGAGGAUUGCUAAAUCCCAUGGCUCUCAAUGUGGAUUCUGUACCCCAGGCAUUGUGAUGUCCAUGUACACUCUCCUUAGAAACAAUCCACUCCCUACAAGGGCAGAUAUGGAGAGUGCAUUUGAAGGAAAUUUGUGCAGAUGUACUGGAUACAGACCUAUAUUAGAUGGCUUUAGAACUUUCACAAAGGAAUAUUGUCAGAUGGGAGAAAACUGUUGCAGAAACCAAAAAUUUAUACAGUGUAAUGGAAAUGGUAACAUAGAAGAAGGACUUUCUUCCGAGUUGUUUGACAGUAGUAAAUUUUUACCACCUGAUAGCACACAGGAUCCAAUAUUUCCACCUGCUUUGAGGACUGACAAGUAUGACCAGCAGAGUCUGACAUUUAUGGGGGAGAGGACAACUUGGUUCCGUCCCUCCAACCUACAGGAGUUGUUAGAGCUCAAACACUCCUAUCCUGAUGCCAGGCUGGUUAUAGGAAACACAGAAGUUGGUGUUGAAAUCAAGUUGAAGAACAUGGUAUACAAGACAAUGAUUGCACCUACUCAUAUUGAAGAGCUGAACCAGAUUUCUAAAGAUUCAGAUGGAAUCACAUUUGGAGCCUCUGUCACAUUGGCUGUUAUUGAGGAAACUCUACAGGAGGCAAUUAAUGAACAUCAAGAGCACCAAACCAGAAUGUUCCAGGCAGUAGUAGAAAUGUUAAGGUGGUUUGCUGGGCAUCAGAUCAGGAAUGUGGCAGCUGUUGCAGGAAAUAUAAUGACAGCCAGUCCAAUUUCAGAUUUGAACCCCUUGUUUUUGGCAGCAGGGGUAACUCUUACUGUGAUGUCUAAAGAUCAGGGUAAACGAGAGAUUGUAAUGGAUGAGAAGUUUUUCUUAGGCUACAGAAAAACUGCAGUCAAACCCCAAGAAGUCUUAGUUUCUGUUAAACUGCCAUUUAUGCAGCAGAAUGAGUAUUUCUUUGGAUACAAACAAGCAAACAGAAGAGAAGACGAUAUUGCUAUUGUUAAUGCAGGAAUACAGGUUCUGUUUGAAGCCAAUUCUAACAGCAUUAAAGGAAUGAGGUUGGCAUUUGGUGGUAUGGCCCCCACCACAGUGAUGGCUACAAAAGCAAUGAAAAAUUGUGUAGGAAGGAAAUGGGAGGAUGACCUUGUAAAGGAUAUGGCUGACUGGUUAGCAGAUGAUCUCCCCUUACCCCCAGGCUCACCAGGGGGCAUGACUGAGUACAGACGCACUCUUUGCAUUAGCUUUUUCUACAAGUUUUACCUUUCCGUCCUUAUGCAGAUAAGACAGAGGCUUCCAGGCAUAGUUCAUAGUAAAGUUCCUACUUCACACAGAAGUGCCACUACUGUCUUCCAAAAAGAUCCAACCAAAAGUACUCAAGUGUAUGAGGAGGUCGCAUCCGGUCAACCAGAACAUGAUCCACUCGGACGACCCCUGGUCCACCUGUCAGCAGAUAAACAGGCUUCAGGAGAAGCUAUUUACAUUGAUGAUAUUCCUCUUUAUGAGAAUGAGAAAUAUGUAGCCUUUGUUACUAGUCAGAAAGCUCAUGCAAAAAUCCUAAGUAUAGAUCCAUCAGAGGCUAUGAAAAUUCCCGGAGUGGUGGAUUUCAUUUCACACAAGGAUGUUCCUGGGCAUAAUAUGUGGGGUGGUGGACCCACAAUAGAUGAGAAGAUAUUUGCCUCAGAGAAGGUGUUAUGCAUGGGACAAGUGAUAGGAGUUGUUGUAGCAGACACACAGGUCCAUGCACAGAGAGCAGCUAAAGUUGUCAAAGUGGAGUAUGAAGAGAUGGAGCCCAUUAUAACCAUAAAGGAAGCCAUAGAGAAAGGAUCCUUUUAUGAACACAAAAGUAGCAUAAGUAAUGGAGACCUUGUGAAAGGUUUUGAGAUGGCAGACCAUGUUGUGGAGGGGGAGGUCAAUAUGGGGGGACAGGAACACUUCUACCUGGAGACCCAUGCAGCACUGGCCGUGCCUAAGGGAGAGGAUGGGGAAAUGGAGCUUUUUGUGUCCACUCAGAACCCAACAGAAACCCAGCAUGUGGUAGCAGAAUGUCUUGGAGUACCAGCAAACAAAAUUGUAUGCCGAGUCAAAAGAAUGGGAGGUGGCUUUGGAGGAAAGGAAACACGUAACAUUGCUUUCACUACACCUGUUGCCAUAGCAGCAAAUAAACUAGGUUGUCCAGUACGAUGCAUGCUAGACAGGGAUGAAGACAUGCUCUCUAGUGGAACUCGACAUCCAUUCUACGGAAAGUACAAAGUUGGCUUUACUAAGGAUGGUAAAAUUACAGCUCUUGAAUGUGACAUUUACAACAAUGCUGGACAUAGCUUGGACCUCUCUGGUGCUGUAAUGGAUAGAGCAUUAUUCCAUAGUGAUGCCAGCUAUAAGAUUCCUAACAUUAGGGUAUCUGGACACCUUUGUAAAACUAACAUUCCUUCAAAUACAGCAUUCCGGGGUUUUGGUGGACCACAAGGCAUGUUUAUAGCAGAAACCUGGAUAGAGCAAAUUGCUUCAACUCUAGACAUUUCAGCAAGACAGGUCAGGGAAAUCAACAUGUACAAUGAAGGGGAAACAACCCACUUCAACCAGCCUCUCCUUCAGUGUAACAUCAAACGCUGCUGGAACGAGUGUUUGGAGAGAAGUGACUUCUGCAACAGGAGGAAGGACAUUGAUAUAUUUAACAGUGAAAAUCGAUGGAAAAAGAGAGGAAUAUCUAUUAUCCCAACAAAGUUUGGUAUCUCGUAUACUGCACUGUUUCUAAAUCAGGCUGGUGCUUUGGUCAUUAUAUACAAGGAUGGGUCAGUUCUGAUUACACAUGGAGGCACAGAAAUGGGACAAGGACUUCACACCAAAAUGAUCCAGGUUGCAGCCAGGACAUUAAAGAUUCCUGCCUCUAAGAUACACAUUAGUGAGACGAGUACUAACACAGUCCCCAAUACCUCUGCUACGGCAGCCAGUGCCAGCUCGGAUCUGAAUGGAAUGGCCAUCCAGAAUGCAUGUCAAAUUUUGCUGGAGAGACUGGAACCAUAUAUAAAUGCAAACCCCAAAGGAUCAUGGGAAGACUGGGUAAAUGCAGCGUAUUUUGACAGAACAAGUCUAUCCACAACAGGAUUUUACAAAACUCCAAACAUAGGCUACAACUUUGAAACAAACAGUGGAAAUCCCUUUAAUUACUUCAGUUUUGGAGUAGCUUGUUCUGAAGUGGAGAUUGACUGCCUUACCGGUGACCAUAAGGUAUUGAGAACAGACAUAGUAAUGGAUGUAGGAGUGAGUCUGAAUCCUGCCAUAGACAUAGGACAGAUUGAAGGUGGAUUUACACAGGGCUAUGGUUUGAUGAUGUUGGAGCAACAGAAGAUGGCACCAAAUGGCUUCCUAAUUACCAGAGGUCCUGGAAACUACAAGAUUCCUGGAUUUGGAGAUGUUCCUGGAGAAUUUAAUGUUUCCCUCUUAAAAGGAAGUGUAAACAGAAGAGCUGUUUACUCCUCAAAAGCUAUAGGAGAGCCCCCUUUGUUUUUGGCUUCUUCUGUCUUCUUUGCUACAAAGGAUGCCAUAAACUCUGCCAGACUGGAUGCUGGUCUUAAUGGGUAUUUCCAGUUAAAUAGUCCAGCCACUCCUGAGAGGAUACGAAUGGCAUGUCAGGACCAGUUUACAAAGAUGUUUCCUGAGGCCCCUAAAGGUUCAUACAAGCCGUGGUUUGUUGAGCUGUAAAGAAGAAAAUCUAAAGGAAGAGUGGUCACUGGUCAGUGAUGGUGCUAAGGGGAAGUUUUUCAUUCAUAAUAAAAUCUAAAAACCAGGAGCUUUAAUACUUGAUAAUACCAGGUCUUUGUACAUAAAUGAACUGGGAAAGUGUUUAUAUUUUUUUAUUCAUGUUUUGGUUGUUUUGAACAAUGUUUUGAUACAAUCUACCUUUUUGAACAAUCAUUUUUUUUAGAAUGUAGUACAUGUAAUAUCUCAUUUGGAGUUUCUCACCAUAUAAUUGUAUUGAAAAUAAUUAUAGUCAAGGGUGAUGAUGUUUAUGUAAUCUUUUGUUUGUGAAUUAUAAUUA